AUGGGCCCGGGCAGGAUAGGCAUCCAGGUGCGCGCGCGUUCCGCCACGCCACGCUCAGCGUACGGCGCUGUUGCGAAACGAAGAAAGGAUGGCCUCGGCUCUAUGCACAAAUACCCUCGCAAACCCCUGACAGACGUUUCCCGCAGCGGUGUCGCCAUCGGCUCCUCCGUCGGCCACGCCAUCGGCGGCCUCUUCUCCGGCGGCUCCUCCGAGCCUGCCCCCGCGCCCCAGCAGCAGGCGGCCGUGCAGACGCAGAACCAGCAGCAGCAGCAGCAGUGGGGCAGCAACAACUGCGCCGGCGCCGCCCAGCAGUUCACCAAGUGCCUCGACGACAACGGUGGCAACAUGCAGAUCUGCAACUGGUACCUCGAGCAGCUCAAGGCGUGCCAGGCCGCCGCCAGCCAGUACUAG